AUAAAUACUCCACUUGUCUCUGCGCCGAGAACUUUCUGGUCUAUCCAUGGGAGCAGAGCCAGAACUCCAGACGAUUCGAAGCACCUAAAAACUCAGAAGAUUUUAUUUUCCUUUAUCGAAUCGUAGAUAUAUCUCGUUGAAGAAACUACGAACAGACAGAACCCUAGCACAGACUGUGACGCCGUCUCUUAACUGAUCAAACUUUCCAUGUCGCCAAUGGCGCCGGAGAAUAUUAUUCAGAGGAAGAAGAGGUCACGUGAUGGGCAGGAUGUGGCUGAAACACUUGCAAAGUGGAAGGAAUACAACAAUCAACUUAAUUCUUCAAAUGAUGAGAGGAAACCAGUUCGUAGAGUCCCUGCUAAAGGUUCAAAAAAGGGAUGUAUGAAAGGUAAAGGUGGGCCUGAGAACUCCCAUUGUAGGUACAGAGGUGUAAGGCAAAGGACAUGGGGUAAGUGGGUUGCAGAGAUUCGAGAGCCGAACAGGGGUAGAAGACUUUGGCUUGGUACACACCCAACAUCGCUUGAAGCCGCGAUGGCGUAUGACGAAGCUGCAAGAGCCAUGUAUGGUCCUGUGGCCCGGCUGAAUUUUCCCAAUAAUGCUUUAGUGAAGGACUCUACUUACUCCACGACCACAUCAAGCACUGGUUCUAAUAUGACAUGCGGCUGGUCUGAUGCCUCAGCCACUGAGGACUCAAAAGUGAAGCUUGUUUCGCCAAAGAUCAAGCAUGAAGAUGGAUUGGGCGAGUCAAAAGUUCAUGCAAUACUAUCUGCUGGCACCCAAAUGACUUCAGUUAAGCAGGAAGCAAAGGACAGUGCUAAGGAUAGUGCUGUGGACAUGGAUUUUGAUGCAGGUGGAGGGGAUUAUCCGCAGAAUUACUCUGUAGAAGAGCUGUUCGAUGUUGUUGAAUUAUUGAGUACUAUGGAUGCUAGUCCACUGUGCAACUCAGUAUUGGGACAUAAUUUGAGCCAUGAUGCUGAAGGAUCAAUGGACCCUCAGUAUAGUCAAUUGCAGGCUGGAAAACCAUCGGACUUUUUAUACCAGCUGCAGAAUCCAGAUGCAAAAUUGCUUGGGUGUCUUCCCCACAUGGAACAGGCGCCGUCAUGCAUGGAUUAUAGUUUGGAUUUCUUAAAACCAGGCUGGCAAGAAGAUUACUACAACAUUUUGGAUGAGUAGGGAAUCGUUGAUUUGAGAUGAUCAGAUCUUGAGGAAAUUGGGUGAAGGAAUAGAAUGCAUUCAUUCGUGUGGAGGACGGAAGGCUAGUUUGCCUUUCUGUUUGUGCGUGUAUGAAAUAUGCCCUCUUGUUGUUUGGUCUCCUUGGGUAUGGAGAGAGAUGGUGCUCUUAGCGGCAACAGGAGUGCAAUUAACUAUUGGUUUUAAAUUCUUUUUCAGCUAAUUCUUUUGUCCUGUUUUGUUGCUAACCAAUAUAUGAGCUGAUUCUCUAUAGGUUUUUAGAAUGGGGAAUUUAGCUUGCAUUUGGUUUUAUUUUUUAUAUAUAUACUUUUUUCUUUCUCACUAAACAUCAUCUAGAGGCGAUGCUUUAGCAUAGAUAGGUCAGCAAUUCCACUUGUAAUUGUCGAAUUCAGUUUAAUAUUGGUGGUUGUCAAAUUCCUUUUGUAGACCCAUGUAAGGUUCAGGUUAGUGUUUGUAACCAAGUAGGUGCCUUUAUGUAAAAAUGCAUUUUCCCCUGCUUCUCUACA